AUGUUGCGGGUGUUGACAAAUAGUCAACGGUUUUUAUGUUCUGUUUGGAAGCGUUCAUUGUCAUCAACUCCUUCGGUUCCGAGUCAAGAAAUUCCCGAAGAGAAUGUGGCUAGCGAACCUGACCCAGUUUCGGAUGGUGACCAGGACGCGAUUACCAGGACGACGGAAAAAUAUUCGCUAGAUGCUAUUUCACGCUUGAAACUCGACCAAUAUCCGUUCUAUGUGGAGCGAGAGUGGUGGAAAAAAGGAAAACGAAUGACAUUCUGGGCAACGUGGCGUCAAUUGAGAGAUGUGAGACGACGCGAACUAAUUCAAGAAACUGGCGCUGACCGAAUGCGUCUGAAAGCUUUGAAAUGGAACACCAUACUUCCACAGGCGGUUCGAGAUGAUGCUGCAGAUCAGCUUUCUAAAAUGUCAAAAUACGCUAUCCCGAGAUUGGUUCUUAAUAUGUGCAUGUUUACGGGUCGACAGCGAGGAAAGAUAAAGCCUUACCGCCUAAAUAGACAUUUAUUCAGGAAGUUGGCUGACCACAGCAAACUAAGUGGUGUUCAGCGAGCCAUGUGGUGA